AUGGCGUCGAACGUGCUCCGCCCGCUCUCGUCUGAGCUUUCCUCCGCCGCCCUAACCGCUACUCGUCUUGCGCGACGUCGCCUCGGGCCGAAAGGUGUAGAUGUACUUUCAUUGUCUUGCGCUCGUCGCCUCGGAUACAGUACUCUUGGGCAAACCGAGCAGCGGGCUCUCGUUCCUUCCGUGACUCGCAAGUGCCUGGCUUUGGUUCGCCAUGCUUCUGUCGCGACGACAAUAGUGCCAGAGGCUGGAGAGCACCAGCAUUCUCCAGAGGCGCUACCUCCGACGAUACCCUACAGUCGCCUCACCGUCGGUGUGCCAAGGGAGAUCUACCCCGGUGAACGCCGUGUUGCUCUCACGCCAGCCAAUGCCGCACUCUUGCUCAAAAAGGGCUUCGGAAAGAUCAUUGUCGAGCGUGGCGCUGGCUCGCAAGCCGAAUUUCUCGACGAGGCCUAUGAAAAGGCGGGUGCUAACUUGGCUGACGGUCCACAGGCCGUGUGGUCUGCAUCCGAUGUUGUCCUCAAGGUUCGCAGUCCGUCCGCGGAUGAAGUAAACUAUAUCAAGGAGAAGCAAACCGUCAUUUCUUUCCUGCAACCCGCUCAGAACCAGAGUCUCGUUCGAAAGAUUGCAGACCGCAAGGCAACGGUCUUUGCCAUGGACAUGAUACCCCGAAUUUCUCGUGCGCAAGUAUUCGACGCCCUGAGCAGCAUGGCAAACAUUGCUGGUUACAAGGCCGUUUUGGAGGCCUCCAAUAUCUUUGGACGAUUCUUGACUGGCCAAGUUACCGCCGCCGGCAAGAUCCCUCCCUGUAAGGUCUUGGUUAUCGGUGCCGGUGUCGCUGGUUUGAGCGCUAUUGCUACAGCUCGACGAAUGGGCGCCGUUGUUCGUGGAUUUGACACCAGACCCGCCGCCAGGGAACAGGUGCAGUCUCUUGGCGCAGAAUUUAUCGAAGUCGAUAUUCAAGAAGAUGGCUCUGGAGCCGGAGGUUAUGCCAAGGAAAUGAGCAGGGAGUUCAUUGAAGCUGAAAUGAGGCUUUUCAAGGACCAGGCCAAAGAGGUCGACAUCAUUAUUACCACCGCCCUUAUUCCCGGCAAGCCCGCUCCAAAGCUUAUCAGAACUGACAUGCUGGAUGUCAUGAAACCUGGUAGCGUCGUUGUUGAUCUUGCCGCCGAGGCCGGCGGUAACUGUGAAGCUACCAAAGAGGGCGAGCUGGCGAUGUAUAAAGACGUCAAAAUUAUCGGAUAUACCGAUCUGCCUUCACGCCUGCCGACCCAGUCUUCGACCCUUUACUCGAAUAACAUCACCAAGUUUCUGCUUUCAAUGGCCCCCAAGGACAAAGAAUUCGGAAUCGACCUCUCUGAUGAAGUUGUCCGCGGCUCAAUUGUUACCCAGAAUGGCAAGAUUCUGCCCCCCGCUCCUCGGCCUGCUCCGCCCCCGGCCGCUGCAAAGCCUGCAGCUGAGCCUGAGAUUGAGGUUCGAGAGCUCACCCCUUGGCAGAAGAAGACGAGGGAGGUUGGAGCUGUUACCGCAGGUAUGGGAAGCGUGCUCGCCUUGGGCAAGUUUACUGGUCCGCUCUUCAUGUCCAAUGCCUUCACAUUUGGUCUGGCUAGUUUGAUUGGUUAUCGUGUCGUUUGGGGGGUUGCUCCCGCACUGCAUUCUCCUCUCAUGAGCGUUACAAAUGCUAUUUCUGGCAUGGUUGGUGUUGGUGGUCUUUUCAUCUUGGGAGGUGGUUAUGUUCCUGAGACGAUUCCUCAAGUAUUUGGUGCCCUGAGCGUUUUGCUUGCCUUUGUCAACGUCGGUGGUGGUUUCGUAAUCACUAAACGAAUGCUGGAUAUGUUUAAACGACCGACCGACCCCCCUGAGUACCCCUGGCUAUACGCAGCGCCUGCGGUUCUUUUCGGAGGGGGGUUCAUUGCUGCUGCUUCCACCGGCACCGCUGGACUUGUCCAAGCCGGAUAUCUCAUUAGCUCUGUUCUUUGCAUUGGAUCGAUCUCUGGUCUUGCUUCUCAGGCCACCGCCCGCAUGGGCAACAUGCUUGGUAUUCUUGGUGUCGGGUCCGGUGUUCUGGCGAGCCUGCUUGCUGUAGGAUUUUCACCCGAGGUUCUGACUCAAUUUGGAGCCCUUGCCGCCGUUGGCGCAUCGGCUGGAAUGCUCAUAGGCAAGAGAAUCACGCCCACAGACCUUCCGCAGACGGUUGCUGCACUUCACUCUGUGGUUGGUUUGGCUGCAGUCUUGACCAGCGUUGGUAGCGUUAUGGCUGAUGUUGCGGAUAUUUCGACCUUGCAUAUGGUUACUGCAUAUGUCGGCGUCCUCAUCGGUGGCAUUACUUUCACCGGGUCCCUCGUCGCGUUCAUGAAGCUGGCGGGUAGGAUGUCAUCCAAACCUACGAUCCUUCCUGGCCGACAUGUGAUUAACGGGGGACUGCUCGCCACAAACAUGGCUACCAUGGGUGCCUUCAUCACCAUGGCCCCGGGGAGCCCAAUGAUUGCCGCUGGUGCGCUUGCUGCAAACACGGCACUGAGUUUCGUCAAGGGUUACACGACUACUGCCGCGAUUGGCGGCGCCGACAUGCCCGUCGUCAUUACUGUGCUAAAUGCCUACAGUGGAUUCGCCCUCGUAGCCGAAGGCUUUAUGCUGGACAAUCCGCUUCUCACCAGCGUUGGAGCGCUGAUUGGCGUGUCCGGCUCAAUUUUGUCGUACAUUAUGUGCGUGGCCAUGAAUCGAUCUCUCACGAAUGUCUUGUUUGGCGGGCUGUCGACACCGACAGCCGUGCAGGAAUAUAAACCCCAAGGAGAAGUUACGCAAACAAACGUCGAUGAGCUGGCCGAUGCCCUACUGAAUUCAGAAUCGGUAAUUCUAGUUGUUGGCUAUGGUAUGGCCGUGGCAAAAGCCCAGUACGCAAUCUCAUCAAUCGUGUCUCGUUUGCGAUCCAAGGGCGUCACUGUGCGGUUUGCUAUUCAUCCCGUGGCAGGCCGGAUGCCUGGUCAAUGCAACGUUUUGCUUGCCGAAGCCAGCGUCCCGUACGACAUUGUGCUGGAAAUGGACGAAAUCAAUGAUGACUUCCCCGACACCGACUUGACUGUCGUCAUUGGUGCCAACGACACUGUAAACCCGAUUGCCAUGGAAAAGGGGAGUGCGAUCGAGGGUAUGCCGGUGCUGCAUGCGUGGAAGAGCAAGCAAGUUGUGGUGAUGAAGAGAGGCAUGGCAAGUGGCUAUGCUGAUGUUCCUAAUCCCAUGUUUUACAUGCCAAACACGAAGAUGUUGUUUGGUGACGCCAGGAACACCUGCGAAGCAAUAAAGACAGCGAUCGAGGCGAAGAUGUAA